CAUGUUAUCGAGAACAGCUGCAGUGCGGCGCGCGGUCUUCCACAUCCGACGUUAUUCAUGCAUAGACUAUUGCCCCACGGUUUCGAUAGCUCGCACGUGCCACUUGAUCGAUAACUCAGCGGGAGGUAUAGAUGCAACACAACGAGAUGUGUUUCUCCGUUCGAUUAAUGCUAACUUCCGAUCGUUCGCCACUACCGUUGAUAGCGGACAGCAACGAAUUCGUGACGGGUAACAUCUGUGCUUGCUGUAGUAUAACCACCAUGUCGAUCGCUACGUACGAAGAGGUGUUGGAUUUGCCCAACCACCCGGAGAAGCUGCUGAUCGAUGUGCGCAAUCCAGACGAGCUGGCCGAGACGGGCAAAAUUCCCACUAGUAUUAACAUUCCCCUGGAUAAGGUAAAGCAAGCUUUCGGACCCGAAACUAGUGGAGAUGCGUUUGCACAAGAGUACGGUGUGCCCAAGCCGGGUGUGGAUCAUUAUCUUAUUCUAUCCUGUCGUACGGGUCGACGAAGCCAGAUGGCACUCGAAGCGAUUGCGGAACUUGGUUAUCGAAAUGUCUCAGCUUGAGGAAGGUCUAAAUCUCGCGGACGAAGCGUUCAAGACGAAGUUUGGACGUGAUAAGCCCAGUUCAAGCACGGAAGUGAUAUUUCACUGCAAGAUGGGUGGACGAGCGCAAAAAGCAACGGAUCUUGCUUCUAGUCUCGGAUU